CUAGGUUAAAGGAUGCGGGUGAGAGUGCGCAGGCGCCUAGGGCCCCCGGCAGGCGUCGCUGCUGAGCUUCGGUAUUUGGUCUGCGCGGUGGCGGAGCGCGCCAAGCUAGGGGCCGCGGGAGCGGAGGGACGGACAAACGGAGGGAGAACCUAGAGCUGCCUGGGCGGUAGCUGGACGGAGCAAGGCCCCCGCCGCUGACCAAAGGGAUCCCAGUAGGAAGGAUGCUGCCAGCAUGUCGGUGCAGUCGAUGCUUCGCGAGCGCAUCGCGGCGGCCGAGGAGCUGAUCGGGCGGGCCGAGGCGCUGUCGGGCUCCCGGAAGGGCGGCGUGGAGGGCGGCGCCAAGCUGUGCAGCAAGCUCCGGGCCGAGCUCAAGUUCCUGCGCAAGGUGGAGGCUGGCCGCGUGGCCGUGAAGGAGUCGCACCUGCAGAGCACCAACCUGACGCACCUGCGGGCCGUGGUGGAGGCGGCCGAGAGCCUGGAGGCCGUCGUGGCGGUGCUGCACGUCUUUGGCUACGCGGAUGGGGCCGGCGACAAGCAGACGCUCGUGGUGGACGUGGUGGCCAACGGCGGCCACACGUGGGUCAAGGCCAUCGGCCGCAAGGCCGAGGCCCUGCACAACAUCUGGCUGGGCCGCGGCCAGUACGGCGACCGGAGCGUGGUGGAGCAGGCCGAGGACUUCCUGCGCGCCAGCGCCCAGCAGCCCGUGCAGUACAGCAGCCCCCGCGUCGUCUUCGCCUUCUACAACGGCGUGUCCAGCCCCGUGGCCGACGAGCUGAGGGGGAUGGGCGUCUCCGUCCGGGGGGACAUCGUGGCCGUGAACACCCCCCCGGAGCGACCCGAGCGGCUCCUGCCCGGCGAUGGCGAGUCGGACGAGGAGGCUCCGGGGCUCCCGCCGGUGACCCGCGUGGACAGGGAGAACGUCGUGGCCAGCGUGGCCUUCCCCACUGAGGUCAAGGUGGACAUGUGCGGCCGCGUGAACCUGGACAUCACCACCCUCAUCACGUACGUGUCGGCGCUGAGCUACGGCGGCUGCCGCUUCGUCUUCCGCGAGAAGGUGCUGACCGAGCAAGCCGUCCAGGAGCGCCGGGAGCGCGUCCUGCCCCAGCUCGAGGCCUUCAUGGCCGGCAAGGAGCUGUUCGCCUGCGAGUCGGCCGUCAAGGACUUCCAGGCCAUUCUGGACACCCUGGGGGGCCCCGGGGAGAGGGAGCGGGCCGCCCGGCUCAUCCAGGGGGUCCGCGUGGUGCCGGACCAGCCCUCCGAGCGGGCCUUGAGACUGGUGGCGAGUUCCAAGAUCAACAGCCGCUCGCUCACCAUCUUCGGGACGGGAGACACCCUGAGAGCCGUCACCAUGACGGCCAACAGCGGCUUCGUGAGGGCCGCCGCCAACCAGGGCGUGAAGUUCAGCGUCUUCAUCCACCAGCCGCGGGCGCUCACUGAGAGCAAAGAGGCGCUCGCCACCCCCCUACCAAAGAGCUGCCCGGCCGGUGGCGGGCUCUGACACCUCGAGGGAGGGUCCGCCUUCCCCGGACCCGCCGCCCCACAGCCUCUCCCCAAAGGACAGGAUGGAGGACCGAGGGCCGCCGGACGUCCACCCGUGGAGUCCCAGCAGAGGGAGCCACCGCUGUGGGCUUCGUCGAGAGAGGGGGGGUUUCCGGGUAGUUUGUGUCUAAGGCGUCCCCCAUUAAAUAUCUAUCUGGUUAAA